AUGAAGUUCUCCAUUCUCGCACAGGCUGUUCUGGCCAUUCCUGCUCUUGCCUCAGUCAUUCCCGAGCCUGUCGACACGGCUAACCUUACCGAGCGCGCGAACUGCAAGUUGACUCUCCAAUGGCAGUCCAACUGGUAUGAGAACGGCAUGAGAAGAUAUCGGGUCCAGAUGAUUACAAGCCCCCGAAAUGAUGAUCAUCUUAAGGUAUACUGCGACAUUCUGGCGAAGCACACUGUUCAGCUUGAGAAUCAGCAAUGUUACUGGAGAGAUGGCAUGUAUGUCGUUGACAUCAGCGAAGUCCAAGGUCCAGCUGGUCAUUCCCAGUACAAGAACCAGCAUAAUCUCUCAGCCGAUUGGUUCGAGAAGGGAACUGGCUGUGAUGUUAUUCAAAACACCUAG